GCAUACAUCCAGAGAUGACCCGGGACAUUCUCGUUGGGCGAGCCACCCGAUCAAAGACAGAUGGUGGGCGGUGACCCUCGGCAUCUUGAGAUUAGACGGUAAGCGGUAAGCGACGAUAAACGCCAGCCGCUGCGUUCCUGCAACAGGAGUCGUCAGCGCGUCAGCUGUUCGCGAGCAGUCGGCAAUGCUAGUGCCUGCCGUCAAGCCGCCUAUCCAGCUGUCUAUUCCGCUAUCUCCGGGCUGUCUCCGGGCUCUGCACUAUCGGGAGACCAUGCCCACCAGCGAUCGCUGUGCCGGAUGCUUAGCCGCGGUGAUCUGUCUGCGAUGAUCUGCUGAGGUGAGACCGCCGAUAAAGGCGCGCUCUGCUCUAGUCCACCAUCAUCAUCCCCCAAUGUCACCCGCAGCCACCAAGCCCCCCGCAUCCGAGCUGAUCGCCGCCGCGCGCCGCGCGCGCGACGAGACCAUCCCAGUGCCCUACCGCCUGCCCAAGAGCUUCGUUGUACCCCAAAACGCCACCGUCAUCCUUGAGAGCAGCGGCCUCUUGACGCCCGAGGAGCUCAAGCUCGUGGACCUCGAUGCGACCGCCCUCGCGGCCGCCAUCAAGGACGGCACCUACACCUCCGUGCAGGCGACGACAGCGUACCUCAAGACGGCGUCGCUCGCGCAGCAGGGCACGAACUGCCUCGUCGAGCUGUUUCCCGAGGAGGCGCUCGAGCGCGCCGCCGCGCUCGACGCACACCAGGCGGCCGGCAAGCCGCUCGGCGCGCUCCACGGCGUCCCCGUGUCCAUCAAGGACCACAUUGAUGUCGAAGGGCAUGACUCGCCGUCCGGCUUCCUUUCGCUCGUUGGCAAGAUGAUGGCUGCAACGGACGCGAACCUCGUCGCCGUUCUGCGUGCCGCCGGCGCCGUCUUCUACUGCAAAACGACCAAUCCACAGAGCUUGAUGCACCUCGAGACCGAGUGCUACCUCGGCAUCACAACGAGCCCGUACAACAACAACCUGACUGCCGGCGGCUCGAGCGGUGGUGAGGGUGCCCUCAUCGGCAUGAAGGGCUCGCCCCUCGGCGUUGGCACCGACAUUGGCGGAUCCGUCCGCUCGCCUGCCGCAGCAUGCGGCAUCUACUCGUUCAAGCCCUCCGUCGGUCGCGUUUCGUUCGGUGGCUGCGUCGUGCCCAUCGCCCCCGCAGGCUGCGAAGCGAUCCUCGGCUCGCACGGCCCGAUGGGCCGCAGCGCCCGCGACAUGGAGCUGUACAUGCGCAUCAUGGCUGCCUCUGAGCCCUGGCGCGUCGAUCCCACACUGCACGUCAAGCCGUGGCGCGAGGUUACAACGACCCGCAAGCUCCGCAUCGGCGUGCUGCGGGACGACGGUGUCGUGCUCCCUGUGGCGCCCAUCCGGCGCGCCCUUGAGACCGCGGUGGAGAAGCUCAAGGCCACCGGCGAGUUUGAGAUCGUCGAGUACAAGCCGCUCAAGAGCGCCGAGAACUGGGACAUCAUUUCCAAGCUCUACUGGCUCGACAACGGCAAGAUGGUGUACGACCACAUCGCUGCGUCCGGCGAGCCCAUCGUGCCGCUCACCGACUGGAUCAUCCAGCAGGCUGGUGGUGUGGACCGCACCAAGGAACAGGCGUUCGAAAUCGUUGCGAAGCGCGAUGCCUUCCGUGCCGAGCUCGCCAGAUACUGGCACGAGCAGAACGUCGACGUCGUGCUCAGCCCGGUUGGGCCGUCGCCCGCCCCUCAGCAUGGUACCGCCAGGUACUGGAACUAUACGUCGUACUGGAACCUCGCCAACUACCCCGCAGCCAUCUUCCCGACCGGUCUGUUCGUCGACCCAGCUGUCGACAAGGAGGACCCGGAGUACACACCCCGCAACGAGAAGGACAAGUACGUCCGCGACACGUACGACGCAGAUGUGUCCAUCGGCGCUCCCCUGUGCCUUCAGGUCGUCGGGUACCUCGGGUACGAGGAGGAAACACUGGACGCGUUCAAGAAGAUCGACGCGGUGGUGAACGCAUAGGCGCGGACUCUGUCCUAGUCUGGUUGUAAUAAAAAUGCACAGAUUUUC